UCAAUUUCCCAAAACACACACACUUAUCAGCGAAAAAAAGGAAACUUACGUACGAAAGAUCUCUCCUUUUUCUCGUUGAAUCCUCGAGAUUGUAUUAUUCCGUAUCUCCUCCGCCGUAGAUUCAGCUGUUUUGAGGGUCGGGUUCGGUUUCCGUCACCUUCUUCUCCGGCGUUCGAUUUUCAGCAAUCACGGCUAUACACGGGAUAUCUCGGGGUGGUGUUAGCUCUCACGUCAAUAUUCUCCGGCGCAAGGGUUGUUCGAUCGAGUCUAAUCCUUCGCCGCACGGAGGACGUGGAGCUCUGCCGUCUGAAGGCGGCAGCCCUUCCGAUCUCCUCUUUCUCGCCGGAGGCGGUUCCUUUAAAAAAAUCAUCUCUUUCCUUUUCCAUUAGGUUUUUUUUAGGGUUCUAGAUAUUUUUUUGGUGUAUUUCCUCUUUUGGUUGCGUGUGGGAGAAGUCUUUUUUUUCUUUUGGCGCUGUUCGAAUUUUUCUUGUCUGAGAAUGUUGAAAAUUAAGAGGGUUCCGACCGUCGUGUCUAAUUACCAGAAAGAUGAGGCUUCCGAUGCUUCUGUCGGAUGUGGUCGGAACUGCCUCGGGGCUUGUUGUAUUAACGGGGCAAGGCUUCCGUUGUACUCCUGCAAGAAACUAGUAACAUCCGGAGAGAAGGUGGUUGUCAACAAUGAAGCUAGAGAGCCUCCGGUGGCUUUUCUCGAGUCCCUCGUCCUCGGCGAGUGGGAAGAUAGGUUUCAAAGAGGACUCUUUCGCUACGAUGUCACUGCCUGCGAAACCAAAGUCAUCCCGGGGAAGUACGGCUUUGUUGCUCAGCUUAACGAGGGUCGUCACUUGAAGAAGAGACCAACCGAGUUCCGCGUAGAUAAGGUUUUGCAGUCCUUUGAUGGCAGCAAGUUCAACUUCACUAAAGUUGGGCAAGAAGAGUUGCUCUUCCAGUUAGAAGCCGGUGAAGAUGACGAAGCUCAGUUCUUCCCCUGCAUGCCUCUUGACGCUGACAACUCCCCCAGUGUUGUUGCCAUCAAUGUUAGUCCGAUAGAGUAUGGGCAUGUGCUGCUGAUUCCUCGUGUCCUUGACUGCUUGCCUCAGAGGAUCGAUCACAAAAGCCUGUUGCUUGCACUUCACAUGGCUUCCGAGGCUGCCAAUCCUUACUUCAGACUCGGUUACAACAGCCUUGGUGCUUUUGCUACUAUCAACCAUCUUCACUUUCAGGCAUAUUACUUGGCCAUGCCUUUCCCAUUGGAGAAAGCGUCUUCCAAGAAGAUGAUUACCACUGAGAAUAGUGUGCAAAUCUCAGAGCUUCUGAACUACCCUGUGAGAGGUCUUCUCUUUGAAGGUGGAAACUCUAUGCAAGACCUAUCUGAUACUGUAUCAGACGCCUGCGUUUGCCUCCAGAACAACAACAUUCCUUUCAACAUUCUCAUCUCUGAUUGUGGAAGGCAGAUCUUCUUGAUGCCACAGUGUUACGCAGAGAAACAGGCUCUAGGUGAAGUAAGCCCCGAGGUGUUGGAGACACAGGUGAACCCAGCUGUGUGGGAGAUAAGUGGUCACAUGGUGCUCAAGAGGAAAGAGGAUUACGAAAGAGCUACAGAGGAGAAGGCAUGGAGGCUCCUUGCGGAAGCUUCUCUGUCAGAGGAAAGGUUUAUGGAGGUUAAUGCUCUCAUCUUUGAAGCCAUAGGUUGUAGUAACCAAGAGGAGGAGCUUGAAGGAACCAACCAGCAAAACACUAAUAUCAGUGUAAACCAGACAAGCAACCGAUCCCAUGGGUCAGCCUCUGAGUGCCUUGUCCUCCAGUGAACAAGAAACCGCAUCUUGGUGGGUUUUAUGUAUAAUUAAGAGUCUUAUAUGCAUAAAUAAGCAAACUCUUCGGUAGUUGCAUUUGAAACUUCUUGGUGUUUCUUCUAUACGAUGGUUGUGAGUGUUUGUUCUCAAGACUUCUGUCUUUUUUUAUGUUAGUUCAUGUUUUGUAUAAAAAUAUGUUGUUCAUGAAAUGAAAUUCUUCGCCA